GUGUCGUUCUGGUGAAAUUCCUGUAAGUGGAGAAAUUUUGGUCACGCACGUGGGCUGCGUCAAACCUUUGUUUACAAUGACCAUGUGACCAAAGACAGACCAAUCAGAGCGAGGCAAGUGACCUUCUUGGAUAAAUCAAAAAAUGGCGCACAUGGAGUCUACCGAGCCGGGUGAAAUGAAGAAAGCAGAGCUACUUCUGCCUGGUAGCGGUGAAGGUGACGAAAUAGGAGAAGAAAUGAAGAAAAGCGGCUCCCGGUUUCAGGUGGCCCGUGUGGACUGUGUAAAUGAAACAAAAUUUGAAGAACCACCAAAGGAUACUAAAAGCAAUGUGCAUGAUAAGGGACCGGAAUCGCCAUCAGCCACCUUCUCUCUUAGUGGCGAUUCCUUCCGGAGUUAUUCAGAUACCAAUAAUUUGAAAACUUUUGCGAUGAAUACUCAUGAGGCUCUGCCAUGUGUUGACCAUUACAGAAACAUACUGUCGGCGACAGGAGGAAUGAAAUCGCGACCAACUCUAGCCCAGUUGCACGAGGAAAUGGAUGAUGAAGAAAUUCGGGGUAGACACAAAGAUCCCCUCCUGGUCGGGGAAGAGAGAUUGGUCAGUGACAGUACUGUGGCGAUCACCACUGACAAGAAGCCACAGCAAGGGGCUUUGAAAUUUGGCUGGAUCAAAGGCGUUCUGGUACGAUGUCUGCUAAACAUCUGGGGUGUGAUGCUGUUCAUCCGCCUGUCAUGGGUAGUAGGGCAGGCUGGCAUGGGCCUCACUUCGGUCAUCAUCCUCCUGUCUGGCGUUGUCACCACACUUACUGCAUUGUCCAUGUCGGCCAUUUGUACAAAUGGAGAAGUAAAGGGAGGUGGUGCAUAUUAUAUGAUAUCCCGUAGUUUGGGAGCCGAGUUUGGUGGUGCUAUUGGGCUCAUCUUUUCAGUAGCCAAUGCUGUUGCUAUUGCAAUGUAUGUUGUGGGCUUUGCAGAAACUGUUAGAGAUGUAUUAAAGAACAAUAAUGCCUUGAUGAUAGAUGAAACCAAUGAUAUCCGAAUAAUUGGGUUCAUCACAAUAUCUCUGCUCCUAGCCAUUGCUAUUAUUGGUAUGGACUGGGAAGCUAGGGCCCAGCUGAUAUUGUUAGCUGUCUUGUUGAUCGGGCUAGUAAAUUUUGUUGUUGGUUGUAUCAUCCCUCCCACAGAAACCAAGAAAGUCAAAGGAUUUGUGGGAUUUAGCACUGAUCUGUUUAUUGAGAACAUGCUGCCAGCAUUUGGGGAGGGGCAGGAGUUUUUUUCUGUGUUUUCUGUAUUCUUCCCAGCAGCCACUGGAAUCCUGGCUGGAGCCAACAUCUCUGGGGAUCUCAAGGAUGCCCAGACAGCUAUCCCGAAAGGAACUCUACUGUCCAUCCUCAUCUCCACUAUUGUGUAUCUGGGCGUGGCCUGGACCCUAGGGGGAUGCAUGUUGCGGGAUGCUGUUGGACCCCUCAACGUGGCAGUGGGUGCAACCACUGUUGUCAAACUUUCAAACGUCACAACUACAACAGUGGCGUCUGUGGUGAUGUCCGCGGCACAGAAAGCCCAAAACACUUCAUCAACUAUUGUAUAUACAGAGGAUGUGAUACGAAACUGCUCUCUAGCCAAAAAUGGCAUGUGUGCUUAUGGGCUGAUGAAUGAUUAUCAGGCCAUGGAGAUGAUUUCUGGCUUUGGUCCACUUAUUACAGCUGGAAUCUUCUCUGCCACGCUUUCCUCGGCAUUAGCGAGUCUUGUUUCCGCCCCCAAAGUCUUCCAGGCUGUUUGCAAAGAUGAAAUCUUCCCCAAAAUACAUGUUUUUGCUAAAGGCUAUGGGAUUGAUGAUAGCCCAAGACGUGCCUAUCUGCUGGCUUAUUUUAUAGGUUUAGGAUUUGUCUUUAUCGGUGACCUAAAUGCCAUAGCCCCUGUGAUAUCCAAUUUCUUUCUUAUGUCUUACACACUGAUCAACUAUUCCUGCUUCGACGCCUCACUUGCCCGUUCACCAGGUUGGCGCCCAGCAUUCCGUUUCUACAACAAAUGGUGCAGCCUGCUGGGAGCCCUCAUCUGCCUGGCAGUCAUGUUCAUCAUCAACUGGUGGACUGCACUCAUCACAUUUGGAGUCAUCAGUGCCUUGUUUAUAUAUGUUCACCACACAAAACCAGAGGUAAACUGGGGAUCAUCAACACAAGCACAUGUGUACCGUAAUGCUCUGCAGUCUUCCCUUAAACUCAUAUCAGUUGAAGACCAUAUCAAAAACUUCAGACCACAGGUGCUUGUGAUGUCCGGUUUACCAGAGAACCGACCAGCCCUGAUAGAUUUUGUGUCCCAUAUCAGCAAGAAAAUAAGCCUGAUGGUGUGUGCUAAUGUUAUAGUGGGUCAACAGAGUGGUAACCUGAGAAAGCUUCUCAAUACCAAUGCUGCAUAUAGCUGGUUGAGCAAGCGGAGGGUCAAAGCCUUCUACACGGCCACUACAUCCCCUUCAUUUCGCCUUGGUGCCCAGUCCAUAAUGCAUACUGUUGGUGUUGGCAAACUUCGACCAAACACAUUGAUGAUGGGUUUCAAAUCUGAUUGGACAAAAUGUGAGCCAAGUUCUGUGGAAGAAUAUUUCAAGAUAAUACAUGAUGCCUUCGACCUGAACUAUGGGGUGGGUCUGUUGAGGCUGCAGGAAGGCUUCGGACUUGAUGUGGACAUGGAUGCAACCUUCAUGCCUGAUGGCAUGACAGAGGAUGAUGGCAUUCUGAGUUUCCCCAAUCGACCACCAGAAAUGAGCGAUGACGACCUCACUCCAGAUGACACGCCCCCUCACCGCCUCCACAGUAGCUAUGACAGGAUAGACAACAACACUCCCAUGCCUUCCAAGUCCACCAACCUGGUACCUGGAGACAUACAGAAUGGCCCCAGCAAGUCAAGGGAAAAGCUGAACAUUGAAGUGUUGAAAGGAAUAAAUAUGUUUAAGCGACACCCCAAGAAAGGGACCAUAGAUGUCUGGUGGUUGUUUGAUGAUGGUGGUCUGACACUACUGAUUCCCUACAUCCUGACAACCAAGGCCCACUGGCGGGGCUGCAAGCUGAGGGUGUUCACUGCAGGCACAAAGAAGGGGGAGCUGGACAGGGAACAGAGACAGAUGGCUACUCUGUUGUCCAAGUUCCGCAUCGAGUGUAAGGACAUGACUGUGUUACCUGAUGUCAACAAAGCUCCGCGUGAAGAGAGUCAGAUGGAGUUCAAGAAUCUGGUGAGUGACUGGGUCCUGGACACCAAGGCAGGAGAGACGGAGGAAGAGUUCCCCUGGAAAACCACACAGGAGGAGAUGGAGUUGCUCAAAGACAAGACAAAUCGCCACAUUCGACUUCGAGAACUGAUGCAAGAGAAAUCACGAGAUGCAUCCCUGAUAGUCAUGACACUGCCUAUGCCAAGAAAGGGCACCUGCUCUGCUGGGCUGUACAUGUCAUGGAUAGACACUCUUACGAGGGACAUGCCACCUAUACUUCUACUUAGAGGCAAUCAGACCAGUGUGCUCACAUUCUACUCAUAGUACACAGCCAUGCAGGGCCUUGACUUGACACAGGCACCAUAUUACAGCUGGUGGCGAUUUAGGCCAAUGUAGCUAACUGUGGCAUUCACCAACCUCGUCUCCAGUCCAGUGACACUUAUGCAGGAGUUGGGAUAUACACUACUUAGCUCAUAUAUAGAACAUGUGAUUAAGACUCCUUAGAGCCAAGGUUGUUAUGUACCGAUAGUAAUGAUGUUAUAUGUGUAUAUAGGCUAUAUGGAACAAAGCAUUUAUGGUAUUUAACACAAUAUUGUGGCUUGUAUUGUGAAUACAAGGACUAUGCAUUUAUUACAAUUAGACCAGUAAGUGCAAUUUGUUCUGUGCUAGUUGAGCCUGGUUUGACCAUAUGUACAAGAGCUGAAGUACAACAAGGACCACAGUACAAGGGUCUCAAGUACAAGGACCUACAACCGCUGGUCUUAAGUACAAGGACCUACAACCGCUGGUCUUAAGUACAAAGACCUACAACCGCUGGUCUUAAGUACAAGGACCUACAACCGCUGGUCUCCAGUACAAAGACCUACAACCGCUGGUCUCAAGUACAAGGACCUACAAACACUGGAUUUUCAAGUACUAGCAAGAUGUCAAAAGAUCUGUUGCAUUUGACCAACCAGGAGGGCUUAUCGUCCAGAAGUGCUAUUGCUGAAGAUAUAUAUUUUAUCAUGUCAUAAUGGACUUGGAAUCCUACAACUUGAUGCUUUCAGAUCUCUUUUGUUUCAAAACCUAUCAAGAAAUUAAGUUUCACCAUGGUUUAUUAGAAUAACAGCAAUUUUACAGCCGAGGAAUGAAUCUCAUUUACACCUGGCACACUAGUCCAUAUUGAGAAUACUCCUUUGAAUAUUCUUAUACAUGUACUGUUCAGCAUUUUAUUCAAUGAAUCUCAUGACAUCUUACAUGCAAGUAUACUUACAACUGACAAGAUAGCAUUAUAGUGCUUCGAUUGACAUGGACCAAACCAUAUCUCUCUUGGAGGAAAAUGAUUGCAUUGCAUAGUGUUGUAUUAGACGGAAGCAUAAUAAUUGUUCUUCUUUUUAAGAGAUAAAAAUGAUGUGAUUAUUGCUAUGAGUUACGCAUUCGCUUUGUGAGGCAAGUUAUUGUUAAAUUCAUAUUCAAAUGAGAACAAAUGUUUUAUGAUGUAAUGUUUUAUUUAUGAUUCAUAUGAUGCACACUAAUAUGGACCCAAAUCUUCUUGCAGAAGAGAAACAAUAUGUUGAUGCAUCUAAACUCCUAAAAGCAGAUGAUGGUGCAAAAUGUGAAAUCCAUAUGCCAAAAAUAUAUUUAAAACAUGUAGAUAUUCAAAACACAUUGGAGAGGUAACAAGUGGUGAACAGUAUGAUCAGUAUGUAAUAUUUGGUUUACAGUAUAUUUUUUAUAACGACCCAAAGUAUUUUAAGAAACACUUUUUUCUUGCUGUCUGAGGGAGUAUGUUUAUGAUUUACUGCAAGACAAUAAAUUCUGUUAAAGCAAAAUCUGUCACAUGAUGUGGCCUAAACAAUUAUGACUUCAAACUUAGAAAUUUUGAAAAAUCAAUGGCUUCCAGGUGUAUCUUAAAUUAGUUGCCAAGAAUACUUGCACUGUCACUCCUGUAUUAACAAACGUCUCCCCAAGGGCAGGAAAUCAAAUGGUUAUUAACCAGAAUGGUAUUUCUCUCAGCCUAUAAUACAGUCCAUGUUAGAGCCCUCUUUUGUCCACUUGUCAGGCAUUGUUGACUUUUCAAAUGAUUGAUAUCCACUAAAUAGGUACAACUGCAUGGAACAGGCCUUUUAAGUAAAUGUAUUUUCACCCUUUCAAUAUGUAGUGUUGUUGCGCCACAAAGACUAUGGGCCACCUGAUGAAGUGAUGAGCUGAUUGUUGGUAAUGACAGUGCGUGUAGGUAUCAGAUCUGUAUAUAGAGUUAUAGUACUGUACAGAUGUGAUUGUACUGUUUUAUUUAUUGAUUCUCAAGGAAGGUGACGGUUAUACCAAUAUGUGUAUGACUGAGAUAACUGGAAGCAGGUGCUUGUUUCUGUAGGCUGCUGCUGUAUAUAGUAUGGAGAUGCUGACUGUGUCUGCAUCUUGAAAACGGUUGUGUUGAGCCAUCAUUUCAACAGAAAUGGGGUUUGCUCUGUGUUUUAUCUUAUUUCCCAACCAUUGUACAUAGAAAAAAAAGACAUAAUUGAAAUAUGUGGAGUUCAAGUGAGAUUAUUUCAUUCUGUGUAUUGUAAAUUUUUGUGCCUUGUUUGGAUUUUGUUUUUGGCUCACAAUUUAAAUUAUUUUCAACUGUUUGAAAAGAUCUGCAGUGCUAACAAUGUGUUUGUAUAGAUCCAUAACACUUUAUCAUAAGGAAUUUCCAGGAAAUGUGCUACAUGCUUUAGUCUUUCAAUACCUUAUAUCCAAAUUAGCAGAGGAGAAAAGUGUAGUCUCCAACUGAUGCAUUUUUAUAAUUUCUCCCAAGUUUUGGAAGUAUUAUUCAGUGAUGCUAAUUAUGUUAUGUCUUGUGUUUAUGUUCAAAAUUA